AUGUCUGCAGUUGAAGAGAAUGGAACGUCCCUUAAUACUGCAGCACAAAUGGCUGCACUUUUGGCACAACAAAGUUCCUAUCAAUUUAGACCUGCAUACAGAUUUAAGACACCUUUGGCUGUGGAAAAUGCUGAAGGAUUAACUGAUAGCUCUGGUAGAAAACUACGACGUGUUCAAACAAACAUUCGUCGGCAUGUUGAUCAUUUUCCAUAUUGUUUAAAUUAUAUUUAUCACCGUUAUCAUGUUCGAUUUCCAAAACAAAGACCAUAUGUUCAACCUCAUAUAUUAUAUUCUCAUGAAGGUUGGAUUCCUCAUGAUUCUCUAGAUGAUAUGGAAGAUUGUAUUCCAACAAAAUUUGUUCGUGCUGCAUUAAAUAAACAUAAAUGUCCUAUAUUUACAAUAGCAUGGACACCUGAAGGUAAACGUUUAAUUACAGGAGGUUCUCGUGGUGAAUUUACAUUGUGGAAUGGUUCAGCUUUUAAUUUUGAAACUAUUUUACAAGCUCAUGAUUUAGCUAUUCGUGUAUUAAAAUGGACUUAUGAUAAACAAUGGAUGGUAUCUGCUGAUCAUGUUGGUUAUGUAAAAUAUUGGCAACAAAAUAUGAAUAAUGUUCAUAUGUUUCAAGCUCAUGAAGAUCAUCCAGUUAGAUGUAUUAGUUUUUCACCAUCAGACACCAAAUUAGUUACAUCUUCUGAUGAUGGUACAGCUCGAGUAUGGGAUUUCUAUAGAAGUGAAAAGGAGCAAACUUUAUCAGGACAUGGUUCAGAAGUUUUUAGUGCUGAAUGGCAUCCAUUCAAAGGAAUCAUUGCAACUGGCAGCAGAGAUACACAACAACCUGUAAAACUAUGGGAUCCAAAAACCGGGAAAAACUUAGUUACUUUAUUUGAUCAUAAAAAUUCAGUAUUAUCGUUGAAAUGGAAUAUGAAUGGUAAUUGGCUAGCGACAGGUAGUAGGGAUCAUUCUGUUAAAUUAUAUGAUAUUCGAAUGAUGAAAGAAAUUUAUACGUUCAAGGCUCAUAAAAAAGAAGUUUCAUGUGUUGCUUGGCAUCCAAUACAUACUAAUCUUUUAUCUUCAGGUGGCAUGGAUGGCUCUUUAGCUUUUUGGGAUUGUCGCUCAGAGAAUGAAGUUAUUUUUAUGGAUAAUGCACAUACUCAGGCCAUAUGGACAAUGGAAUGGCAUCCAUUUGGUCAUAUUUUUGCAACUGGUUCAAAUGAUCAUAACACUAAAUUCUGGGUAAGAAAUCGUCCUGGAGAUCUUGUAGAGGAUAUUUUUGGUGGUUCAUCUUCAUGUAAUUACAAUAAAUUGUUUUGA